GGCCGAGAGACGCAGAAUUUCUAAAAUUUGGCCCCUUGGGUGUGCAGGCCCUGCAUUUCUAAUUCCAAACAAUGAAUGAAACCAAUUGCCGGAAAUGCACAGCAUUCUCUUCACUCUACCCUUUCCGAUUCUUCGAUACUUCCCACCAAAAUUACUUUCUUUCUCCACCAUUUGUCAGCCAUUCUAAUUCUUCCGCGUCCAGGACCGAGUCAUUGGUUCCCGAGUCUCGUCAACUCAACUACGAGAAUUCUAUAUAACAAGAUUUCAAGAGGUCUCUCAGAAUCCAAUUUCCCCAAUUAUGGCGUCCCGAUCAUCGCAACUCGCUCUCCGUUACUUUGCCCUGAUCGCGGCUUCUCUUCCUCUCCUUCUACCCGCCGCCACCCCCGCCGCCGUCGAUUCAAUGUACUACUUCGGGAACGGCGAUCCUGCCACCUCCGACGGCUUCCUCAUGGUCGAUUUCCUAGCCGCGGCAUUCAAUCUGCCUUCUCCGAAUGCCGACUUCGGCCAGCGGCAGACGUUCGAUUACGACGUGGCCGCCGCCAUGGACGAUGCCUUCUUCUACCGGAGCGGGUUGUCGGCGGGAGUUCGAAUCGGGAACCGGUCUCUGCACUCGCAGUUCGUUUCUUUCAGCGACUCGCUCGAUUCCCUCUGCUCAUCUCCCCAAGAAUGCAAGAGCAAGCUCCGGAAUUCUGUUUUCGUUUUGGACCAAAUUGGGAGUUCUGAUUAUCAGUACUCCUUCCUCAAUGGCAAAUCUCUCAAGGAGAGCUAUGGAUUCGUGGACUCAGUAGUCUUCACCACCCAAUACAUUGUUCAGAAACUGAUAGAAAUGGGAGCAACCAAAGUGCUAGUAACGGGAACACUCCCAAUGGGCUGCCUUCCAGGCUACCUAACCAUCCUUGGUAACCCAAGAAGAAACGAUUACUUAUCGUACGAUCGCCAUGGCUGCCUGGCAUCAAUGAACACCUUCUCAAGAGUCCACAACGACCAUCUGCAAUCAGCACUGUCAAAGCUCAGAAGCCGUCACCCGGAGGUGGAGAUCGCCUUUGGAGACACUUACAAGGCGUUCAUGGCCGUGCUAAGGAACCACGUCCUGCUGGGAUUCAAGAAGGACGAGAUGUUCAAGGCAUGCUGUGGAAGCAGCAGCGCUGGAGGGAGAGGAGGGGAGUUCAAUUUUGAUCCUGCAAAGGUUUGCGGGAAACAAGGGCUUCGGGUUUGUGAAGACCCGUCGACCCGGUUGAGCUGGGACGGGUUUCAUUUGACCCAAGAGGCUAUGAAGCUUGUUGUGGAUGGGCUGUUCGUUGGGGAAAGGAGAAGUGGGCUUUUGCUGGGAUAGCCCGUUGGGUUGUUUUGAGUCUUUUUCAGGCUUAAGCCUGUUAAGUGGGUUCUUUCACUUUGUAGCUUCCUUUGUGUGGCCGAGCAUCGAGGCCCAACUGGUUGCAUCAAUUGGUUUAAGUAGUGAUUGCCAAUUUCUGACAUGGCUCGUGCGAUUUAUUUUUCACCUCAAUGAAACCAUUAUUGAUCUUACAUUAUAUUAUUCAUAAAUUUGAUUAAAUUUAUUUGAUGAUGUCCUACCAC